AUGCAGAUCUUUGUACGUACGCUGGAUGAGCGAACAUUAACAUUCAAUGUUCAACCUGAUGACACGAUCGAUGAUGUUAAAGAACUUGUUGAACAACGUGAAGGUAUUUCGACCGAUGAACAACGUUUAACAUUAGGUGGCAUUUCAUUAGAUGAUGAAUUAACACUCGAUGAAUGUCAUGUUGAAGAGGGAAGUACACUCUAUGUUUUACUUGAUCUUGAAGGUGGUGGUAAAAAACGAAAGAAGAAAUCAUAUAGUACACCAAAGAAAAAUAAACAUAAACGAAAGAAAGUUAAAUUGGCUGUACUUAAAUAUUAUAAAGUUGAAGAUUCCGGCAAAAUUCGUCGUUUACGACGUGAAUGUCCAUCAAAACAAUGUGGUGCUGGUGUAUUUAUGGCAGCACAUCAUGAUCGUAAUUAUUGUGGCAAAUGUUGUGUUACAUAUAUGUUCAAAAAACGUGAAGACGAAGAAUAA